AUGAGUUUGAGCGGCGAUUCUAUUACCGGUACCUCUAUUGAGGACGAGUAUGUGAUAAUAAAAUCGCCCUCACCAACUGCGUCAGUAUCAGACCUUGAGGAGUUCGAAGAUUUGGAGCGAGCUAUCGAUCGAGAAGAUCGCGAUGAGCUUAGUGAUGAACCUUACUAUGAGAAAGCAGUCCGAGAAAUCGCACAGGGCGACGUUUAUCCAUGCAUGAUCUGUACAGUGGAGAUGGACUUUACUUGCCGCAUGUACGCCUGUCCAGAGUGCUAUCGCGUAUUUGAUUACGAUUGCAUCAGAGAAUGGGCUGUCAAAUCGGCAAAAAAGAAUGCGAGUGGUAGCUGGAAAUGUCCAAACUGCUAUUUUGAGAGACGUGAAAUUCCUUUGAAAAAUAGACCUACUUGUUGGUGCGGGAAGAAUGUUUAUCCGGAUCCAAAUCCUCUUAGCCCCAAUAGUUGUGGUCAGACGUGUGAUACUGCCAUCUGUGUCCAUGGAUGUUCCAAGGCUUGUCAUCUGGGACCACAUCCCUCGUGUCUACGUAUGGUGCCAACGAGAUGCGCGUGCGGAAAAGAGUCGAAAAGCGUAUUCUGCGCCGAACGACCAAAACGCCAAUCAUAUCGCUGUAGCCAGCGCUGUGGGUUGACGCUGCCGUGUGGCAUCCAUCGUUGCGAACAAGAAUGUCACGCAGGACUGUGUGGUGAAUGUCCAGAAACGAUAGAAAAGAUGGUCAAGUGCUAUUGUGGAUCAGAAUCUAAGGCUUCAAUUCCAUGCAAAGAUAUUGUUAUCGAGGGCAGGUCACAGGAUGGUAAUCACAACAAAUGGAUCGGAGUAUUUGCAUGUAAAACCAUGCGCACAGUCAUGUACUCUUGCAAUAAGCACUCUUUCACUGAAGCAUGCAAAGCACCAUUUACUCGAGACGGUCAGCUACAAUGCCCUUUCGCGGUCGAGGUUUUGAAAACCUGCCCUUGUGGCAGAAAUCCUUUGAGUGACAUGAACUCAGCUCGAAAUAAGUGCACUGAUCCUAUCCCAACUUGUGAUUCUAUCUGUGGUAAACGUCUUAGGUGUGGUAAGCAUACAUGCCCAUUUAAGUGCCAUAACGGAGACUGCAUGCAGGAAUGCCUGUGCUCUGACAAGGUGAAAUGUUCUUGCCAUGCAAAGACAUUUUUGGUGCCAUGCAAGUUUGAGCAAGAUGCCAAAUGUACAACUAAGUGUGAAUCCUUAAUGUCAUGUCGCCGCCACCGUUGUUCUCUUAGGUGUUGCGAGAGCAGAGAGCAGGCUCGAAGAAGAGAGAAAAGCGUAUUUUUAGCCCGUGAUAAGCUGGAUGAAUCAUUAGUUGAAGCUCAGCAUAUCUGUUUGAAGCAAUGUAACUUAGGACUGUCUUGUGGCGAACAUUUUUGUACAAGAAAAUGUCAUCCUGGAAGCUGCCCUCCUUGCUUGGAAAGUAGCUCUGAAGACUUAGUGUGCCCCUGUGGUAAAACGGUUGUAUCAGCACCCGUGCGGUGUGGAACAAGUUUACCCCGGUGCUUGAACCCCUGUAUCAAAACCCUCCAGGGCCCAUUGGAGUGUGGACAUCCGCCAAUGCCUCAUCCAUGUCACCCGUUAAGUGAAUCAUGCCCGUCAUGCACGGCGCCGGUCUUUAAAAGAUGCAAAUGUGGCAAAAGUGAAAAAGUCAGAACGCUUUGCUUUCAAAAUGACGUAUCUUGUGGACGCCCUUGUGGGGAGCCAUUGUCCUCGUGCAAUCACACUUGCCAAAAGACAUGUCAUCAAGUAGGUGACCAUCAAACUCGCUGUAAUCAAACAUGUGGUACGCCUCAACCUGUAUGUGGGCACCCGUGUGCAUUUAAAUGUCACUCCGGCUCUCCAUGCCCAGAUAAGCCAUGCUCGACCAGGGUGACUAUUACUUGUCCUUGUGGGCGCCGUGCAACCCAAGUUGCUUGUGGUGCUCAUAAUGGUAAACAAUCGGCAUCCGACCAGUCUCUCGCCUGUAGCGAGAUCUGUGAAAGCUCCAAACGGCAUGCAGAGCUAAUGGAAGCUUUCGGAAUUCAGCCUGUGGAGGGGAAAGGAACCAAUACUUUAAGCAACCUGGAAUCACUUGCGGAGAAGGUGGGCACAUUCCCAGAGUUGAUGCUACCCUUCACUGAGGCGGCUCUAUCGAUAUAUGCUAAGCAAAGUAACUGGUGCUCACAAAUAGAGGAUUGUUUGAACAAGUUGAUGGAAGAUUCCAGUAGACCCAGCCUGCAUUUCAAGCCUAUGAGGCCACCACAACGCCACUUUAUUCACGAACUUUCCCAGGCAUACCACCUGUACUGUGAAUCACAAGACCUUGAGCCCAGAAGGUCGUGCUUUGUUAAAAAAUCCAAUCAAUCUGGAAAGCCACCCAUAUCUUUACGAGAAGCAUUGCCCUUGUAUCAUUCCUUCAAACAGGCCCAAAAGGAACGUAAACAGAGGGAGUUUGAAAAAUCAACAACAACCAGAAUUUUCAACUAUUCAGCUAGUAGAGAUCCAACACCAGCCCCCGUUGCGCACUUCAAUGGUCUUUUGGUUAAAGGAGUUUUCCCUGGUGUAGACAUUGACAUUGUAAGGAUUAAAUUCCAAGAUAUUCUGAAGCAUACGUUACUUAAAGAAUCAAAAUUUACUAAGCUCAAUUCCCAUGACAUAUUGGUAUGCACAGAAAAUUACUCCCAAGCAAGCUUGAAUGUUGAAUCAGACAUCAAUCGCGUAGUUGGACACUUAAGUUUAUUUGUCAAAGAACAACUCCUAGCUGAUUCUGUCUCGCCUUGCGCAGUUGACCAGGUUCUCCACGGGAAUGACGAAAGCGAAAAGCCUAAUGUAACGAUAAAUUUGGAGACAAACUUGGACUCUUCUGACGACUAG